AUGACGUGGGCUGUUCCCGCCCUCUCUAAAUUAUCAGCAAUCAUGUCUGGAAGAGGUAAAGGCGGAAAGGGACUCGGAAAAGGAGGCGCGAAGCGUCAUCGUAAAGUUCUGCGUGAUAACAUCCAGGGCAUCACCAAGCCUGCCAUCCGUCGUCUUGCUCGACGCGGCGGAGUGAAACGUAUCUCCGGUCUCAUCUACGAGGAGACUCGCGGUGUCUUGAAGGUGUUUCUGGAGAACGUUAUCCGUGACGCCGUCACCUACACCGAGCACGCCAAGAGAAAGACCGUCACCGCCAUGGACGUCGUGUACGCGCUGAAACGACAGGGACGCACUCUGUACGGCUUCGGAGGUUAAACGCGUUU